GAGAGAAGCUUGGGGAGACUAGAAGGAAAAAGGCCAUCUGCAAACAAAGGGAAGGGAGAGAAGAUUGGGGAGACUAGAAGGAAAAGGUCAUUUGCAAACAAAGGAAAGGGAGAGAAGCUUGAGGAGACUAGAAGGAAAAGGAAGAGUUGGAGAAAGGAUGAUCAAAUUGUUCAAAAAGGGUUGGAAGAAGUUACGGGGGACUAUUCCACA